UAAAAUAUAUUUAUUUAUCAAGUGUUAUUAACUUGACUGCAUUACCUCAGACGUUCGUAUGAACGUUAAACAUGAUGAUUUCCGGUGAAACACGAGUAUUUUGAGCAUGAGGUUCCUGCGAGAGUUUCUCAUCAUGGACACUAAACCAGGUUACUGUCUUGGCUCAUCUGGCAAACUGAUGAAUCAGUACAUGAUUAAAGACCACAUGUUGUCACAUUACAGAAAGCUGUAUUCAGCCAAAGCUGUUGUGGACUGUUCAGUGCCUAAAAGCAUGCAUAGCAAUGUCAAAUAUGUUGAUCAAAAGCGCCGUGAGCAAUUAAGGAAAGACACUCUGAGUCAAUCAGGAAGAUCCACUUCCCAGAGGAGCACUAGGAUAAACUCAAGAACUUCCUGUACUUCUAAGAAUAGCAGACCCUCUGUUCAGGGUGACGACAGUGCCUAUCAUUACCUGAACCAAUCUCUGAUGUCCUCACCCAGGAUCAGCACCUCAUUCCACUCCAAACAAAUCGUAUAUCCGUCCCCUGCGAACCAUUUCCCAUCCGCCUCAGAGCUGACGUACCGAAGCCCAAACCCUCACUGGCAUCCCGCGGGUCCGUCCUGUGCCACGUCCGCCAGUCAGAGAGGAUACAGAAGCUUUCAGGAUCCCACACAGAAGACCUACAGCGGAGACGUUCUGCUGAAACACGCUCAUCGCUUCACUCAGGAGAAACCCUUCACCCCGAGAACGCUCAAAUCAGACCACAAGUCCACGCUCUUACAAUACCGCUAUUACACACCUCCACGGAGGAAAGCUGAGGAGGAGAAAUCCUCCUCUAAAGUCAUCCGACAGGAGACGUACCACGGGAGCACACGGUCCAAACGAGGCUUUUCUCCACAGCUCGAGUCCCAGCCAUUUACUCUCGAUCACGAGUGGUCGGAUGAAGAAACAGAUUCAUUUAGACAUCACGGCAAGACAAGCAGGUUUAGGGACGGUGAUUUUCUUUUCUCGUCUUCCAGGAUUUCACCAGAAGGCAUGAGGUCUCCCAUAAUGAGAAAGGUUUCAGCAGAGGAGGAAGAAUUAAUGUACCUGGAGUUCAUUACAGACGUGACGAAUGAGAUCUUAUCGCAAGGCCUUUACUCUGACAGGGUACUGAAGAGAGUGUUUGAACGUCACAUUGAUAUGAACAGACAUCGAUUAGAUGAGAACAAAAUGCGGCACCUUCUAGACAAUCUGCAGGAGGAUCUGCGAAGUCCCCCUGCUGCCGCCGUCACGUCGUACAGUCCUGUCAUCUAUCAGACGCUGCCAUCAGAUGAUGGUGAUGAUCUGCUUCAUAAAGUGUUUAACGAGGACCGAGGCCAGAGCGAGGACGUCACUCCCGCUGUAGCGUCCACACCUGUGAACCACAGUCGAGCCGGUCUGGAGGACUGUAAUGAAGGCAGCGAGAUCUCCCUGAAUGAUGACACACAUCUCAAUCCCAGGAGCACUGCAGACGAUAAUGAGGUGUCAGAACAGGUUGAUGAACUUGGGAAAAUCAUGGCGGAGUCUUUAAGUGUGUCAGAACCUCGACAGCAAGUGUUUGAACAGGAGCAGACGAGAGGAGACAUCAGCGAUGACGAGUUUUGACUCAGUGAAAUGUUUGCAAAAGCACACUGAUUUUUGCUUUGUCACACUGUAAUUGUUUGCAGUUUCUGCAGAAUUUCAGAUUUCUGCUUCGUUUACUUUUUUAAUGUUAUUUUACUUUUAUACAGAAAAGCCACGUGUGUUCCAUGGAGUGAUGGUUAUACAGUAUUUCAGCAUGUUAUGUGCAGUAUUCAUUACUUUCCAGAAUUUUUCAGCUCUCAAUUUGGGCAUUCAUUGGUUAUGUAGUCUGGUUAGGAUUC